GGUAUAGUUUCGUAAAUAAACAGUCAGACCAGGGGUAUUUUCCCAAACGAGAUAACCGAAUUCCUUAAUAUAUAUACCGGCGUGUGAAGCUUUUGGUUCUCCGAGCGAGAGACUGAGAAAUACAAGGAGCGUAGCAGAGCAGUUUCCGAUUUCCAUUUCUCUCUCUUAAUCCGGAUUUAAGUAUUAGGGAUUUUUCUUCUCUCUAGCGACAUUACUCUCUCUGUGUCGCUGUGUGUGCGUUGCUCGAAGAUUAUCAUCAUGGUUGCUGAUUCAAUCACAGACUCUGAGCUCUUUCAUGGCUCUCCGAUUUCAAGAGAUUUCGCCAAGAAACGCAAGGCGAAUUGGUUUUGUAAACUAAAGCAGUGGAAGAUUGAUGCUCGUCGCAAGCAAUGGAUUUAUCAAUGGAAAAAAGCAAAUCUUGGUGAAGAGGAUAAUGGGCGUAGACUGAAAUCUUUGCUAGAGAAACUGACUGAUCAAAAAGCUUGGAGGAUUGAUUAUGAUGAUGCGGAUGAUGAUCUUGAAAGGACAUCAUCAUCUGCUAGUAGCCCCACGAGUGUUCUCAAGAGCAAAGAUUCUGUUACUGGCGAUUGCUUCUGUUGUUCUAAGCAGAUGACUGAGGAAGAUCAGGAAGAAGUUUUUGACGAUGCUUAUGAUAACUGGGAUGGGUUUAGAGAUGCGUUAAACUCCUUUGACAACCAAAGCCCUCGACUUGAGACUGAAGAUUUAGAGCAAGAAGAAGAUCCGAUUCCAGAUACAAGCCAGAGGAGGAAGAAGUCUACCCAUGAGAAGCUUUUUCAUGAAGACAAGAAAGAAGCUUCACCUGCAAACACGACGAUUCACAGAAACAGUAAAAAGAAGAAGAGGUCUAACUCUGAGAAGCAACGAGGUGAUGAUGAUGAAGAAUGUCCUAUUUGCUCUGAGUUGAUGGAUGCAACGGAUCUAGAAUUCGAACCAUGUCCUUGUGGGUUUCGGAUUUGUCUCUUUUGCCAUAAGAAGAUCAGUGAAAACGAAGCACGUUGUCCAGCUUGCAGGAAGGAUUAUGUUCGGACGAGUAAUAGUAAUGGAGAGGUAGGUUUCCAGCAACGUGGUGGUGCCACAAUUCGCUUGUCUCCGUCUUUUAGAGGACUUGACAGAGCUUAAGAUAGAGAAAGAGUUUCAUGAAACUUUUUUCUACUUUUUUGCCUUAGUUUCUCAGUUUCAUCAAUUUUGUGGGUUUGCUUAGAUUGUUGUCAUCUCGGCAAUAAAUUUUCAUUCAUGUUUGUGAAUCAUAUAAUACACAUAAACCAAUAUUAGUCUUUUA